GCUCCCCCUCCCUCCUUUCACGUCACACGUUCUCAGCGCUCUUUCUCCCAGCUCCUCAUCCCUCUGCCUCCCCCUGUCAUUUGCCGACUGACUCUCUCCACCAGGAUCAAACACACAGCAGGAUGUCUAUAGUGAACAUCGUUGCCAGGGAGAUCCUCGACUCCAGAGGAAACCCCACUGUGGAAGUAGAUCUGCACACAGCCAAAGGUCUGUUCAGGGCGGCUGUGCCCAGCGGAGCGUCGACUGGCAUCUACGAGGCUCUGGAGCUCCGAGAUGGCGACAAGACUCGCUACAAGGGCAAAGGUGUUACCAAGGCUGUUGCUCACAUUAAUGACACCCUCGGGCCCGCUCUCCUGCAGUCUGGAGUGAGUGUCCUGGAGCAGGAGAAGCUGGACAACAUAAUGAUCGAAAUGGACGGCACUGACAACAAAUCCAAGUUUGGGGCCAAUUCUAUUCUUGGAGUAUCACUGGCUAUAUGCAAAGCUGGUGCAGCGGAGAAAGGCGUCCCCUUGUACCGUCACAUCGCUGAUCUGGCAGGAAACGGGGAUCUCGUCCUCCCAGUUCCAGCCUUUAAUGUAAUCAACGGGGGCUCGCAUGCUGGUAACAGACUGGCCAUGCAGGAGUUCAUGGUUCUGCCUGCGGGUGCAGAGUCUUUCCGUGACGCGCUGAGGAUGGGGGCGGAGCUUUACCAGACUCUGAGAAGCGUUAUCAAGGAGAAGUACGGCCAAGAUGCUACCAAUGUGGGCGACGAAGGAGGGUUCGCCCCUAAUAUUCAAGAAAACCGCGAAGCCUUGGAGCUGAUAAAGACCGCCAUAGAAAAGGCGGGGUUUACUGACAAAGUGGUCAUAGGGAUGGAUGUUGCCGCUUCUGAGUUUUUCAGCGAGGGUAAAUAUGACCUGGACUUCAAGUCCCCGCCCAACGCUGCCCGCAACAUCAGCGCUGAGGAGCUAGCCAGCAUCUAUCAGGGCUUCAUUAAUAAUUACCCAGUCGUGUCAAUUGAAGAUCCUUUUGACCAGGACGACUGGCCUGCUUGGUCACAGUUUACAGCUUCGGUUGGCAUCCAGGUUGUUGGAGAUGAUCUGACUGUGACAAACCCCCGCAGGAUACAGCGAGCUGUGGAGGAAAAAGCCUGCAACUGUCUGCUGCUGAAAGUCAACCAGAUUGGCUCUGUGACUGAGGCCAUCAAAGCGUGCAAACUGGCUCAGGAGAAUGGUUGGGGGGUGAUGGUGAGCCACCGCUCUGGUGAGACAGAGGACACCUUCAUAGCUGACCUGGUGGUUGGUCUCUGCACCGGACAGAUCAAGACUGGUGCUCCAUGUCGGUCGGAGCGUCUGGCUAAAUACAACCAGCUCAUGAGGAUUGAGGAGGAGUUAGGGGACCAGGCCCGCUUCGCUGGUCACAAUUUCCGCAACCCCAGCGUCCUUUGAGUGCCAGAGCCAUCAGCAGCACGAGAAACCAAAUGUUUUUAUGUACUCACUUGUUUCAGUGGUGCCCCAAACACACCAAAUAACUCAUAAAUACGUCUUUAAAUAAAUAGAAAACUCAUUGUGGCAGUGUUGAUCCAAUGCCUCAACAAGUUAAGUCUAUUGGUGGUCUUGUUAGUAUCUUAUUUUUUUCCUCGUAUUAUAUGCUUUUCAUCCAUUCCUGAAAGGUGUUAGUCCAUGUUGUUUUGUCUAAUUCCUGUUUCAGUGCAACAACUUACUUGUACUUUGUCAAAAAACAAUAAAGUUAUGACAUUGUC